AUGGCGACCACUCGCGUCGCCAUUGCAGCGUUCGCUCUGCUGCCUGCCACGGCUGUGGCCCGCGACUACGACUACGAGGGAUACCCUGCGCUGUCGGGCGUCGGCGUCUGGGUCGACGUGGACACGCCGUCGGAUGCAAGGACCAAGGUGUCGUCCCGCGGUGAAACGUGGCAGCUUGUGAUGAGCGACGAGUUUGAGAUUGAAGGGCGAACGUUCAAAGCGGGCCAGGAUCAUCUCUGGACAGCUCUCGACAUCCCGGAUGGCGUCAACGCUGCGCUCGAGUUGUACAACUCGUCCAACGUGUACACGAAGAACGGCAAGCUGAUCAACAAAGUCGAGGAAGGACCGACGAACGUGACGUACUUUAACCAGUGGCUCGAAGUGCCAGCGAUGGAAACAGCGACCCUCCACUACACAGCGGGCAUGAUGCAGUCGUGGAACAAGUUUUGUAUCCAGGGAGGGCUCAUCGAGGUCGCCGCCAAGCUGCCCGGGGCCAUCAACACCGACGGCGUCCGAACGAAACUCACACCGCAGGACCGCAUCAAGGACGGCGCGUACUACCCGACAUGGCCUGGCAUUUGGCUUAUGGGGAAUUUGGGCCGCGCGCUCUUCUCGGCCUCGACCACGCGCAUGUGGCCUUGGACGUACAACGAGUGCGUCGCCGACUUGUCUCCCCAUCAAGCAAUCUCUGCUUGCAAUGCCAAUCCGGGCUACGGUUUGAAUCCGAACCAAGGCCGUGGCGCGCCAGAAAUCGACAUCCUCGAAGGCGGCGGCGCGGCCAUCUCGUCGUCGAUUCAAAUCGCCCCCGGCAUGCCCGACUCGUUCCGGCGAAAACCAGUCAACCUGACAGCCGACAACAAGUAUUGUGUGUAUGGGAAAGGAUGUACCACCCCCGGGGCCAACAUCGCCGACGCGCCAACGUCCGCGUUCGCCGAGCGCAACCACAAAAGCUGGUACCAAGGCCUCCGGUACGCGUCGAACAAACGAUGUCCACCCAUCCCUGCCGACAUUCAACAGUUUGACCAGGUGUACAUGGCCCAAGCCAACCCGUUGCUGAUCACCAAUAAUUCGUACGUCAAGACGCAAAUGAGUGCAGCCAAGGACGUCCAUGCGGACCUGGGCCUCAUCGACGGCAAGGGGCCUCUCCACUGGGGCAUCAACACGGACGGCCGGUGCUUUCCCGUCGCCAACGGGUACAUCGGAGCGUACUUGUGUGACCCCGACUCGAAGAACCCCAAGUGCGAGGCGCCGCGCAAGGACGGCGUCGCCGACACCAACCAAAUGGACAAGUUUGAGUACCAAAUGGAUGCGAUUUCAGCCAACUGGGACAUUGGCCACGAAGCGUACACGACGUUUUACAUUUACCAAGUCGAGUGGGUCAUGGGGCCAUCGGGGUACGUGCGGUGGAGUCUGAUGGAUUCGCCUUUGUUCGAGAUUCCCGCCGCCGCCAUCACGGACCCGCCGCAGGACCCGACUGGAAAAGUCUACAACCCCAGGAAACUCAUGAUUGAAGAGCCUCUGUACAUCAUCUUCAACGUUGCGCUCGCGAAAGCAUGGGGUGCAACCCCACCCAACGUCGACGUCGGUGCGUGCAGAGGCAACUCAACCCACCACGACCCUCUUGGCACGUACCAAUACAACCGAACGAUGAGCAUCUGCGACUCGUUCCCCAUGUACAUGGAGAUCGACUACAUCCGCAUCUACCAAGACAAGAGCUCCAUGUUCAUCGGAUGCGACCCCCCCACGCACCCGACCAAGCAGUGGAUCGACGGCCAUCUCAAGUGGUACACGGACGCCAAGAACCCGAUGAUUCGCGUCGAUGGCGGCGCCACGUGCAAUUCCCAUGAAGACUGUCUAUCCAUGGGUUCCAUGACUCCAACCGGCCGCUGCAGCAACCGGCGGUGCGAGUGUGUCAAAGGCUACGGCGGCCCACGAUGCACCAAAUUCCUUGGCGCGAAAACGCUGAAUGUGGACGGCGACGCGUACUUCGGCCCGCAGUUUGUGUACCCUGUCGUGUUGGCCAGUGUCGUCGUGGCUCUAAUCGCCCUCACAGCAGUCAUUCGAAGGCGUCGAGUGACAGCAGCCAAGGAUAUGGUCGAAACGACGCGCCAUCCAAAGGAACAGGACGGCGACAUUCAAGCGCAUGCCGUCGGCGUCACACGCCGGUACUACACGCCGGGGAACACAUUGCCCAAGGAGACCCCUUCUCAAACAUGAAAGAUCUUUUUCCAUGAAUGUGAUUGGAUAUCUCGAAAGGUCACUUUGUGGAGUGUUUGAUUGGCUAUAAAUAAUUUGUAAUAGCCAAUCCAGUG